AUGCAACAGCAAGACCAAUCCCUGUCGCAGCCCAAGACUCCAAGUGAAUACACUCCGAGAGCAUGGGGGGUCAUCUGUGGCGCAUCUCUCUCACUUUUCUGCUCAGUCGGUUUCAUCAACUCCUUUGGUGUGUUCCAAGAAUAUUACCUCCAGCACCAGCUCAAAGAUGAAUCCGAGUCGACAGUCGCCUGGCUCGGAGGUGUCAGCAUCUUCUUCAUUUUUCUCGGGUCGGUUGUGUCCGGGUCGUUGAUGGAUCUGUUUGGGCCCACGGUUAUAUUACUCGUGGGCUCAGUGGGCACGAUCUUCUCGAUUAUGAUGACGUCUCUCUGCCACGCCUUUUGGCAGUUCAUCCUCGCUCAAGGCUUUCUCAUGGGCAUCUGCAUGUCUCUCCUGGUCGUUCCCAUGGUUGCUGUCGUAGGGCAGUACAUCAAGGUCAAUCGUGCUGCUGCGAUCGGUAUUGUCAUUGCUGGCUCGUCGCUUGGGGGUGUGGUAUGGCCCAUCGUCAUCAAUGAACUGCUCAAGAAACCGAGCUUGGGGUUCGGCUGGACCAUGCGGAUUGUCGGGUUCAUCAUGAUUCCUCUGCUCAUGAUUACCUGCACCCUUUGUCGACCGGCACCCAACGCUCAGCCGGUUGCUGCUCAAACAGACAACGAAUCUGCGACGGCAGAGGCCAAACCUGCACCACAGCGUCGACCGGACUUUUCCGUGCUCAGUCGACCCGCGGUUCGCCUCACCUGCCUUGGCUUCUUCAUCACCUACUUUGGAAUGUUUUCUCCUUUCUUUUUCACGACCUCGUACGCGGUUCACGAGGGAUUCUCGGACGAUCUCGCCUUCUACACGGUCUCGAUCGUCAACGGAGCAUCCAUGUUUGGCCGAAUCAUACCUGGUAUCGUUGCAGACAAGUAUGGGAGGUUUAAUCUCUGCAUCCCUGCAGUCUUUGUAUCUGGGAUCAUCGCACUAUGCUGGACAAAGGCGACUUCUGUUGCCGGCUUGGUGAUCUGGUCGGCUGCCUACGGAUUCACUUCUGGUGCCAUCCUCUCCCUCCAGCAAGUCUGCGCUGUCCAGAUUUCAACCCCUCAGACCAUCGGCCUGACAGUCGGCGCGGUCAUGGCUGCUGCUUCCUUCUCUGCAAUGGCAAGUGUCCCAAUCAGCGGCGAGCUCAUAGGGUCGUAUGGCUACCUGGCUCUGUCGCUUUACUCCGGGGUCAGCCUGAUUAUUGGCAGUUUCCUCCUUUUGCUGGCGCGGUUCGCGCAGGAGAGGCGGCUGCUGGCUGUUGUGUGA